AUGGGCACGCCACCGGCAAAUCCGAGGAAGAAAGUCACCAUUGGUACACUCCGCUCCUUGCACAAGAGAGGUGAACCUAUCACCAUGAUCACUGCCCACGACUUUCCCAGCGCCCACGUCGCUGAUGCCGCAGGCAUGGACAUGGUCUUGGUUGGCGACAGUCUCGCCAUGGUCGCCUUGGGCAUGGAAGACACAAGUGAGAUCGUGCUAGAAGAGAUGUUGCUCCACUGUCGGUCCGUUGCUCGUGCCACCAAAGCUGCAUUCACUGUCGGCGACCUCUCCAUGGGGAGCUAUGAGAUUGCUCCGCAACAGGCCCUCGAGACGGCGAUCCGCUUCAUCAAGGAGGGUCGCAUGCAGGGAAUCAAACUCGAGGGAGGCAAGGAGAUGGCUCCCACUAUCGCCAAGAUUACCACCGCUGGUAUUCCUGUCCUUGGUCAUGUCGGCCUGACUCCACAACGGCAGAACGCUCUUGGAGGUUUCCGUGUCCAGGGCAAAACGGCGCUUGGAGCCGUAAAGGUACUGGAAGAUGCCCUCGCCGUUCAAGAGGCGGGAUGCUUCGCUGUUGUCCUAGAGGCCGUCCCUGCCGAAGUCGCGGUUAUUGUGACUCGCAAACUGUCUAUCCCUACCAUCGGAAUCGGCGCUGGCAACGGCUGUUCCGGGCAGGUUCUUGUUCAGGUCGACAUGACUGGCAACUUUCCGCCUGGGAGGUUUCUCCCCAAGUUCGUCAAGAAGUAUGGAGACGUCUGGGCCGAGAGCCUGAAGGCCAUAGAAGCGUACCGAGACGAUGUCAAGAGUCGGCAGUACCCUGCCCCUGAGCACACGUACCCGAUUCCUAAAGAUGAGUUGGUGGUAUUCGCGGAGCAUGCCAAUAAGUUGAUCGGGAUACUCUGGGCUCAACCAAACAGAACUCACCAUCCAGAGGUACUGUUCACGUACAAAAACACGCUCUCUCUCACGGCUGCGCCGAAACUCCACCCGCUAUUGACCGUGACUACCUCAACUGGAAGGGGGAGAGCAGCGCCAACCGGUCUGAAGCGCACCCUGACCUUUUCCUGUGGAAACCCUCCUGCAGCUGCAAGAGCGGCUGUUGCAUCGUGCGGCAAGGCCAUCAAAACGGUGGACGCAGACAUAGUCAAAGGCAGGUGCUUCUCGGGUUAG